CCCAAGUCUCAGGUUAGGUAACAACCUUGGCUUAGCGAGCAGUGAGCAGUGGCUCGGCCAGAAAGCCACGGGCCGCCCCUCACUUCCCCUCAGGGAUGUCCGAGGAGGCUCAAGGCUGCGUCGCAGGUACCGAGGGAAUUUCCGGGCCCCGGCUCCCCGUCACUCAGGUCCUCGCUGACUCUCAUGUACCUCAAACCCAGCUUCCCAGAAGUUCGCGGUCAACCGUCCCCCAACGGCCUCGAGGUUCUUGUGGCUUAUCCGGUCAAGGCGGACCGCAAGCAAGAGUACGCCCAGUUUGGGCUCGUGAGCCGUCAUGGCAGAUCCCUUCUCCAUCGUCGCGGGGGCCAUUGGUGUGGCCGAAAUCAGCUUCCGCCUCGUGCUUCAUAUUCAUCAACUCCGACAGGAUAUCGAUGGAAUUGAUAGUGAGCUGGAGAGCCUGGCCGAAGAGCUCGAUAGCUUAAGGGAGCUGUGUGAUGCAGUCCAGUCAACCUUCGCUGCUAAAACACGAGACGCAUCCCCGGGGUUAUGGAAGCACCUUGGGAGAGCCCUUGAAAACUGUCGCGGCGUCCUGACGAAGCUGGAUGAGGUGGUAUCGAAGAUCGAAAGGCCAUCGAGUUCAUUAGCACCAGGCAAGAUCAACAACAUGAUGAUGGCCCUCAGAAAGAAGCUGCGGGAAGGAGACUUACGCAACUGCCGAACGCACCUAGCGACAUACCAGAAAGCGCUGCAGCUGGUAUUGAGUACCGUCACCUUCCAAUGUGUGAGCGACUCUCACACCUACAACAUGCGCUCCUUCACAGAUAUUUCCAACGAGUUUCAAGACUUGGGUCAGAGCCUCGAGUACCAGAUUACAAAUCUUCGGCACACAGCCAAAUCAACAGACAGCUCUCAUUACGACCAGGCAGCCGUGUCCGCCCUUGAGGAAUUGCGAGAGUCGGUGACGUCGGCUGCCCUCGCGAUCCAGUCUGCCUCCACCAACCAUCACUUCGACAUACCUCAGUCGGUUAGCAGCAUAUUCACGGGCAGGGAAAUCCUUCUCCAAGAACUUCAACGGCUAUUUGUUCCCCGGCCCGGCAUGAUGCGGGACGAGAUGCAGCGGCGUUUCAUCAUCCAUGGCGUGGGGGGGUCCGGCAAGACGCAGUUCUGCUGCAAGUUUGCCCAAGACAAUCGAGACAGCUUUUGGGGUGUCUUUUGGAUUGAUGCCAGCACUCGCGAACGGGCAAAGCACACCCUCGCUGCCAUCGCCGAGACCGCUGGCCUUGACAAGAACGAAAAUGCUGCGCUACACUGGCUGUCGAAUCUCGAGCACAGAUGGCUGCUCAUCAUUGAUAAUGUCGACGACGAAGAUGCCCCUUUAGAAAGCUAUUUCCCCAAAGGUAACAGGGGCAACAUCCUAGUCACGACGCGAAACCCGGCGUGCAAGAUACACGGGAAUGUUGGGCCUGGCUUUUACGACUUUCGCGGGCUUGACCUCCCCGAAGCUACGCGGCUUCUUCUCAAGGCUUCGGGCAACCCUGAUCCCUGGGACCCAAGCUGCGAGGCGCUGGCCUCGACGAUUACCAAGGCGCUGGGCUUCCUGGCCCUGGCCAUCAUUCAUGCCGGGGCAGCCAUCAGGGACCAGCUUUGCAACCUGCACAAUUACCUGGAUUACUACGGCCGGAGCCGGCAAAGAAUUCGCAAUGCAACGCUCACUGAGAAGGGGACGGCAGCCGAGUCGGCAGUUUUCGCCACCUGGGAGAUAUGCUACGAACGCCUAGAGCACAAGGGCACUGGGGCCGCAGCUGACGCACUAGAACUCCUCAACGUCCUCGCCUUCCUACACUGGGAGGCUAUUUCACCCGAUAUCUUUACGCGUGCUCUGCAGAAUCCGGUUUUGGAAGCAGGCCAAGAAGAAGAUACGCCAGAGGGGGAACCGGGCGGCUUGCUGUCAAAAAUCAUUGCGUUCCUUCUGGGCCUGAAGAGCAGGACACCACCACUAUUACCAAACGUCCUUCGCAACACUUCACCACAGGGCGGCAUCGAAGAAUGCGAGGACCGUGUCCGACUCGCCCUCAAGCAGCUGGCUCACAUGUCCUUAAUCAUCCGCAACGACCACAACGAUACAUACUACAUGCAUCCCAUCGUCCAUACAUGGGCGCGGGAAAGACCCAGGAUGAGGCUAGGGGAACAGGCUCUGUGGGCCGACGUCACGGGGAGAUUACUGGCGUCGUCAAUCCUCCUUCCUCCCUUGGGCUCUUCUGCCGCCGACGAGAAGUACCAUAUCGGUCUCCUCCCGCACAUCGAACACGUCCAGGAAUGCCGGAGGGUUGCCGCUGGCAACAUAUCUAGCGCCCGGGGGCGCAAGCCCGCCCACGACUGGUUCACAAAAUUACUGCCAACGCUGGGCCCUGACAGAGACCGAUUGCUCAUGUACGCCAAAUUCAGCCUGGUGUAUGCCAAGUGUGGCCGUUGGGCCAGCGCAGAAAGGCUGAUGAAGGAGGUGUCAGAAACACUGCGCCACUAUCUCGGGCUCCAAAACAAACGGACCAGGCAAGCCACGCUCUUCCUCGCCACGGUGUAUUGGAACAUGGGGCGCGCCACAGAUGCCGCUUUACUGCAAGUCUCGGUGCUUGAGGCAUGCAAGGGACACCUGGGGUCAUCUCACACCGACACGCUGCGGGCAAUGAGUGAGCUGGGACGCACACGCUGGCAACAGGGCGAGUACACCGCCGCCCUAGCUCUCCAAAAGCCGGUUCUGCACGAGCUGAGUCUGCGCCUGCCCGAAGACCACCCGGAUUUGUUAGAAGCGAUGGACAACCUGGGCAUGACGAUGCAGAAAUUCUGGGAGACGCACCACUUCGAGGAGGCGUUCCGGCUCCACUCCCUCGCCGCGGAGGGCAUGUCCCGGGUCCACGGGCCGGACCACGAGCGGACGCUACUCGCCAAAGAAAGCCUCUGCCGGGUAGCCGUCCAGCUAGGCGGGCCACGAAUGAAACCCGCCCUCGACACCAUGUCAGACGUCCUCGAAGUCCGCCGCGCGCGGCUCGGCAAGGAGCACCCCUACACGCUGCUGGCCAUGGUCAACCUGGCGAUCGUGCUGAGCGCGUCGGGCCACACGGGCGAAGCGCUCGACCUGAUCCGGUGGGGCCUGCCCAUCGCCGACCGCAACCUCGGCCGCGACCACAUCGGCACCCUGUUCGGCCGCCACACGCUCGCGUGCAUCCUCGCCCAGGUCGGCCGCUACGCCGAGGCCGAGGACCUGCUCGUGCUCGUCACCGAGAGCCAGAAGCGCAUGGGCUCCCACCGCGGCAACUACCACCCGGACCGUCUUGGUGCGCUGAUCGAGCUGGCCCGCUGCCAGUACAUGCUCGGCAAGGUCGAUGCUGCUAUUGCGGUUUGUGAUGAGGCUAUUCAGGGGUUUGAUAUCAUUAGUGUCGAACCGCAUCCGCUUGCACUUGGGCUGCGGACGGCCCGCGCGGGCAUGUUGAAGUUGGAGAGUGAGAGGUCGAAUCUUGUUCUUGGCACUUUUAGACCGGAGGAGCAUGAUAUUACCUUUCCGUUUGUUUUGUUUAAGGUUUCUGGGGAUGCGGAAAAGAGGUCCUACCCGGCGAUGGUGAGUUAUGGUUCGGAUGAGGACGUGGAGCGAGAUGGAUACCCAGUGGAUUUAAUGUCAUGAUAUAAUUAGAGCGGAGGUUAUUCGUAAGCAUGGAAGAACUGUACACAAUAAGCUAAUUACAUGG